AAAGAGCCUUUUUCUGUGCUGUACCUCUAAAGGCUAAAGUUCGUGAAAGUAAAUGGACAGACGACAUUUUGACUCAAGAGGAAGGAUCGUAACCCAAAAUGUCAUCUGUUCAUUUCGCACAGCAGAUGGUACCAGACUCAUUGACUUCCUCAUUCAUGUUGUUUUUAGCUCAAUACUCCAGAGACGCGAGCUGAUCCGAUAUUUUGGAAUAAAACUUAGCCAGAAGUAUCAAUGGCCGUAAAAGUACUGAAAUGUUGCCCCCAACAAUCAGUCUGAAGAAGGGUCCCGACCCGAAACGUAGCCUAACCGGAGCUGCUGCCUAACCCGCCGAAUUACUCCAGCACUUUGUCUUGUAAUCAGUCCCUCCCGUCUCCAUCCUACAUUUAAUCCAUGUUUUUUUUUUACCUUACUUUUCUCAUCAAUUUCUCCCUGAUGUUUUGAGAUUCAGAAUGCUGGAAGGAUCUAGACUUUGCCUCCAGAGUGGAGCUCUGGGUGUACAUGGACGGCCCCUGCAUUUUAAACACACAAAAGUUUGUUCUUUUGGUUCUGGGGAAUGCGAGGAAUUCCAUGAAGCAGCUGCUGUGAAGAAUUCUUCUGUGCUCUUUUCAAAGCUGUCUGUAAACUCCUCUGGUCUCUAAAGCAGGACGUCUUGGGCUUUGGCGGCCUGCUUUAACAACCGAGGAGCUGUCCUGGGAAAGAACACUGGCUCGAUCACAACUAGCAUUUAAAAGAGCACAGCUUUUCCCCCGCCACCCUUGAGGAUUGCUUUCAUGUACUGUACUUUAGCAGCUUUUCCACGUAGAAUUGUCGCUAACCUUCUCCUGGGCAAAAACUGAACCCAAGCGCUUCCAUGGAUCUCAGUUCGUUUGCUAUGCCUUUCCUGGAUGCAGAUGUAGAUUCCUCCGAUAAAGAACUUUUGCAAAAGGGAGAAGACGCCCCCAACACCUGCGACAGUCCCUCCAAAGGAUUCUUCUCCCGGAAUUUUUACCAUCGGCCAUCCAGCCCCGUCUCGGCCCCGGUGAGAGUGAAGCAAAGUCCUGGCUCCCCCAAAACGGUCUUCCCCUUUCCCCAAGACUCUUCGCCAAGGUCUCCCCGACGAAUGAGCUUCAGUGGCAUCUUUCGCUCCACGUCAAAGGAUUCCUCCGGCAGCUCCACCUCUACCUCGCCUGUCUCCAUGAAGUUCUUCUCCAGGUCCAGGAAAGCCUCGGGACUCUCAACUCCCUCCACGCCGGUACAGUCGACCAAGCCAGCCUUCCCCCUGGAAUCGUACAAGCAGGAACCGGAGCGCCUGGAUGCUCGCACUCGCUCCUACUCAUCUCCACCCGACUCGGGCCAACGCUUCACCGUCCCAGUGCCACCAGCAGCCACCCCGGCUAAGCCUUUCACGCCACUCUCCAGCUACAAUGCUACCUCGAAACCAGUGCAAGGCUCGGCGGAAGGCAUGCUGGAGAAGCUGGAGCUGGACGAUGAAGCCGAAGAGUCAGACAGUGAUAUUUAUAUGAGAUUUAUGAAAUCCCACAAGUGCUAUGACAUCGUUCCCACCAGCUCAAAGCUCGUUGUAUUUGAUACUUCAUUGCAAGUGAAGAAGGCCUUCUUUGCUUUGGUGGCGAAUGGCGUUCGAGCAGCCCCGCUUUGGGAAAGCAAAAAACAAAGUUUUGUAGGAAUGUUAACCAUAACAGACUUCAUAAACAUACUGCAUAGAUACUACAAGUCACCCAUGGUGCAAAUUUAUGAGCUGGAGGAGCACAAGAUUGAAUCAUGGCGAGAGCUAUAUUUACAGGAAACAUUCAAGCCUUUGGUGAACAUAACACCAGAUGCAAGCCUCUUCGAUGCAGUAUAUUCGCUCAUUAAGAACAAAAUUCAUCGGUUGCCCGUCAUCGAUCCCGUCAGUGGAAAUGCACUUUAUAUCCUCACUCACAAAAGAAUUCUAAAGUUUUUGCAGCUUUUUGUCUCUGAGAUGCCAAAGCCUGCCUUUAUGAAGAAAACACUGGAGGAACUUGGAAUAGGAACAUACCUUAAUAUUGCCUUCAUCCAUCCAAACACUCCUAUUAUAAAAGCCCUAAGUAUAUUUGUGGACAGGAGAGUUUCUGCAUUGCCUGUCGUGGAUGAGUCAGGGAAGGUUGUAGAUAUUUAUUCCAAAUUUGAUGUUAUAAAUCUUGCUGCUGAAAAGACCUACAAUAACCUGGACAUCACCGUAACCCAGGCACUGCGGCACCGCUCACAGUAUUUUGAGGGGGUGGUGAAGUGUCACAGGCUGGAGACACUGGAGACAACGGUGGACAGAAUAGUUAAAGCUGAGGUUCAUCGGCUGGUGGUGGUUGAUGAGAAAGAAAGUAUUGUGGGAAUCGUCUCGUUGUCUGACAUUCUGCAGGCUCUUGUGCUCACGCCAGCAGGUUCUGUAAGAAAGGAAAGUAUUUCAGAAUGACAGAUUACAAUAGAACACAGAAGGUUGUUGACAAGAAUGCUUGGAAGCUUCUUAUUCUGUUCUGGGCCAGAUGAACGCUGACGACAGCAGAGAAGAGAAGGCACAAGAUUGUAAAUCACGGAAGUGAAAUGGUUUAAUCAAACACUCUAGCUGGAUCUGAAAAGUAUUUGUGACAAUACGUGACGCCAAACACACGCGAUCUUGCUCACUGAAUACCGUGGCAGAUACAGCUGUAAUGUUGCAGUUAAGACUUUGAAAGAAUUUAUUUUGCAAAAAAAAACUUAGCGACUAUAUCUGAAAGAUAUUUUUAAAAUAUCGCAUUAAACCCAGAGCAAUUUGAAUGGCUGUUUUAUUUCCGCAGGUUUAUGAGUGUGUUGUUCAUGGCAUGGAGUGUAAAUCAACCCACUCCAUUGUGCGAAUUCUCAUGGAAAAGAACUCAAACUUAGUUUGGACCUGCACACACGUACACCACAAUCCUCCAAUUCAGUAGGAGCACGUAGUGUGAGAACUGUUAACUGUACUGUAAAUAGGAAGUUAUUGAGGGGGAAAUGUGCCCGAGAAAGGUAUAUUUUUAGGUGUGUGAAAAUGUAAAAUUAUGUUUGUACGAUUGCACAUUUAAUUUUUUUUUGUAAAUGAUAUUAUUUUCAUAUGCUACAAGAAUGGGGAAGGGUGGGGUGUUGUCCGUGUAAAUGCACAAAGGCAUGAAGGCGGCGGUUGAUAUAAUGGGUUUGUGUGUUUGAAAGAGCGGAGGGGAGAAAGGGAAGUAAGUGCUUGCUGCGGAGCAGGUUUGUUGGGCAUGGAAAGAAACACGUGUGGCAAAACUUUGUGAAAGUAAUAAUGCACUUUAAAAACAUGGCCAUUCAUUGUGUAGCAAAUCGACACAAGCGACGGGAAGGGACGUUCAUGUCCCUGCUGCCCCACCCCCGAACCCAACUUACAAAUCUGCAGUUUGUAGUUGGUGGGUGAAAUGCAAACCUCACCCCCAGAUCCUUGCGUAGAUCAAAAUGCCAACAAAAAAAAUGUAUUUGGAAUGAUUGCCAUCACCUGUUAACCUGAUAUCGAUGAGGGGAGGCUAGGCUUUGAAUCUGGUGAGGUUUGUAGGCUAUUCAAUUAAUCGUUUAGUUGACUCUGAAUCUUGCAUUCUCUUCCUUCUAGCCUCCCACCACUGCCCCCAAGAAAUUAAUCACUGGUGGUGAUUCUGUAAUGUCAGUGAAUUCUAUACUUUUGCUUUCGUAAGGAUUGUGUAAAAAGUGAACGGGUGUGUGUAUGACGGGAAUGUGUCGUAACUUUGAACACCAAGCGAAUAAUGCCGUCCUCCUCUGUAAAUGCUUUGAGUAGAGGACCUUUGAAAAGUUUGCUCAACCCAAUAUUACAUUCUCGGCCUUUUGAUCUGGGUUGAUGAAGUUAACAUCACGUAGUUGCAAUUUAAGUGCCAUUAAAAUUAUUCAAUCAAAGUGAUGUGAACUGAUUCUAAAUGUAGCUUAUUCAAACUUUCUUGUAUUAUACUUUGAAUGCUGUCCUGCAUUACUUCAGUGCAUUAUGUAUACAGUAUUGUACAUUGUUAAUGUUGAAUAAAGAAGGUUUAAUUGCCAACU